AUGGUUUCCCUCGCAACACAUACCUACAAUAUGUUAAAUCAAAUGAGCGAAAACGAAGAACACGACUUUCCUCUUUACCCAGAUCCACAAGCGAUGUUCUCACCGCCAGCAUUCCCAUUCUCUGCUCAGAACUUCAAUGUUGAUAAUGGUUCUCCGUAUACCUACACGAAUACGCAAGAUGGAUUUCCGGUCACCAGCAACUACCAAAGCACAGCAAUGUAUUCAACCGAAGCGCCACCAUACCUAGAAUCACCAGAUCUACGAGGAGCUCCUUCAAGUUACUCGACGGCAUCGGGUCCUUCGGCUUCGCCAUCAGCAGUAGGCUCGCCUCACUCAAUCCAUAACGGCGUAGUUCCAAGUCACGAAUGGGCGACACAAGGACUCGGUCUCAAUCCUUCCAUCGUCGGAUAUGACAAUUACACACAUGGCAACGAAUACACAUUCGCUCCUUCAGGUAUGGAAGAAUUCGAUUUGAGUUUCAACCCCGCCAAACCAAAUGGCUUUGUUGGUGAGUGUCAGAAUAUCUCUAGAACUGUAUCUUAUCAGCGUGGUUCGGUGUCUUCAAACUCUGCCCCUCUUUCUUUGUCUACUAUUGCAUCUUCUCCAGCGACUCCCUCGGUGGUUGAGAGUGGAAUGCCAAAGCAAGAGGUUUCGACGAACGCGGGUUUUGUAGAUGAGUGUUUCAAAUCACCUGUGUCUGCAUUUUCAAGGUCUCCUUCGUCUUCGCGACGGCCGUCGCAAAUAUUCAAUCCAUCUCAUUUCGCCUCAAGCUCCGCUGGUCGGGGUCCAGCAGCUCUCUGCUCUCCUGUCUCUUCUAGCUCACGAUCGUUCUCUCCGAAACCAAUCUAUCAAUCACAUUUCUUUUCUCAGUCAAGUGGAAACUUUGUACCUCCUCUUGAAUCAUCUUAUCCUUCAAUCUUACAUCCUCAGUAUGCAACGCGUCCAACAUCAGUCAUCCAAUCCAGUGACACGUGCAAACCACCAACAUAUCCAGCAUCACCUGCACUUUCCCAGAUGUCCCGAAGCCCUCAACCACACCGAGCCCAUACCCAAUCCCCAUAUAUGAAUGCCCACUACGGUUAUCCUUAUCCACCACCUCGCCAACGAUCUCCAGGUUCAAGACAAUCAUGUAGCAGCCAAGAUGGUAAUUACAGUGGCGAGGAAUCCAAAGAGAAGGGAAGAUGCACAUAUCCUGAGUGUGGCAAGGUAUUCAAGGACUUGAAGGCGCACAUGUUGACCCACCAAAACGAACGUCCAGAGAAAUGUCCAAUCCAGACUUGCGAUUACCACGUGAAGGGCUUCGCAAGAAAAUACGACAAAAACCGACACACAUUGACGCAUUACAAAGGCACAAUGGUUUGUGGUUUCUGUCCUGGAUCCGGAUCAGCGGCUGAAAAGUCGUUUAACCGCGCCGAUGUCUUCAAGAGACAUCUCACUUCCGUACACGCGGUUGAACAGACUCCACCCAAUAGUCGCAAGAAGACUUCCGGCGGUCUCAACAGCGGCAAGAAACUUUCUGGAUACGCACCCGAUGCUACUGGCAAAUGCUCCACCUGUUCCGCCACAUUCAACAAUGCUCAAGACUUUUAUGAGCAUCUCGACGAUUGCGUUCUCCGCAUUGUUCAACAAGAAGAACCUUCAGAGGCCAUCAACGCUGCAAGACUUGCUGAAGUCGAGCAGGAUCACGACGUUCACACCACUCUCACAAGCCAUCAACUACCAACCACCACCAUGUAUUCCGCAGGAGAAGAGGACACCGAAGAAGAUUACGACGAUGAGAAUGAUGAUGAUUUCACCCUUCGUUCAAAGUCCCGAAAGUCGCGCGGGAAUCGCAACCCAGCGAAUGGUGUGCAAAAGUCCCGAGGAAUGACACAUUCCAAAGGUGGACAUACUUUGAAUACCAAAGGCCGCAAGAAGCGCAAGGACUACCCAUCAUCAUGGGGCUGCCCAACUUCCCAGAUGAAGUUGAAGAAGCGUGUUCUCUGCGUAUUUGACGGACCUCGUCGUCUCUGGAAAGACGACAUGAUGCUCGAUACCGACUAUGAAGUCCGUCUGAAGCUCCGCGACGAAAAGGCAUAUGUCACCGACCUUGACGUCCAGACAAUGAACAGAGCCGAGGCUUUUCACGAUGCCACGGAAGAAGAGAAAGGUCCCUGGAUCGCCGACGAUCUCACCGGUUUGGACCUCGAGAAGUUGAUGGAGGUCAAGCACGAGUCAUAA